AUGAAACUUGAAGCUGUUCGAAUGGACAAGAAGAACGACAAAGUCCUGAAACGAAAACGUAGUGACAUCGACAGUGAUGAAUUCGAUGAAAACCAGGAGAAUAUUGAAGCGCCUGGCCUGAAACGUCAGCGUAUGGACCAUCGUCUACUGACUUCGUCACUAAUGCUCAUUGAUCGUACAGCCAGUGAUGGUAACGGCAAAAUGCCGUCUCUUCGUACACUGGUAUCGCUGUCGAUGGUGAUUGAAGAACCAGAAAUUCUUGACGGAGAUCGAACGGAGAUGAGCUUUCGCGCUUGCAUACCGGCUGACGAAAUGGCUUGCGCCGAAAGUGAACGUCGUCUGCUAACAUGGGCGAUCGACUGGACAAGGCAGGUGGCGGAUAUGGAAGACGCCAUCAGCAACAACGACAAGAUCUCGUUGUUGCGUGCGUGCUGUGUGCCGUUGACUCUACUGGAGCUCGGCAUACGCUUUCUGACACCGAAUGUGAUUCAAGCGCUGCUUAAAUGGACGGAACGCCAUCUGAAACCGCUACAACUGUCACCCAAGGAACUAGUGUUACUGAAAGCGCUCGUUGUACUGAAUAUAGAUGCUCAUGGUCUUUCGCCUACUGGUGAAUCGGCUGUAGGAGCGUUAAGAGAUCGAGUACAUACGGCGUUGUUCCAGCAAUGUGCGGAUGUUUGUGAAUCGAGCAAAGCAGCAGGACGUCUUGCAAAAAUCCUACUGCUUUUACCGCAGCUUCAUCUGAUCGCUAUGGAAGUGGUGGAACAUCAACGUAUGCGUCACACAUUUGCACUUCCAUAUCAGUUAAAUCCGCUUUCAGUUCAACUAUUUGGUGACAUUUUUAAGGAAGGGAAAACAGAUGAGCCGUAUCUAAUGUAA